GGGAGGGUGACAGUUGUAGACCAUUUUCAAAGCUCCCCUCCUGCAGUGCAAGUUCAGCAAAUACUGACCUUGAAGUAGCAGUUUAUCAGGAUAGACCACUGUGCUUCCUUACCACCAAGUUUGCAUGAUAGCGCCUGGAGCAAGGGCUGUAGAAAUACAUAUUCUAGGUGUGAACUACCAAAGAGAAGAACUCAUUCACAGCUCAUGAUUGCUGGUUCCCCGUGUCCCCGGGUCAACUGGCGUGUUUCAGCAGAAGCAAAGGCGACAGAGCAUCGUGUAGUUCCGCUCACACCUCGGUCAAGCGAGCAAGGUACAUGCUCCCGGCACACUUCCGGUGUAUGCUACCAGUGCUGCAAUCUGCCAGGUGUUGCAUCCCAAGAAGAAGAAGCAAGUCUUGUGGUCCAGAAUGACGCUUCAGGACCUCAUCUCCAAGCCGUACAGAAGCCGCUUUAGACGGGCUGCUCAUCCGACCAGCACCACCGUAACAGAUCACAUUCAACAAGACCACUGCAACAACGCAGCCAUGGAGACAGCACCGCUAACGCAAGGCACUGCGGAGAAAGCAGACAGGAUUCCGUGCAAUGACGACGACAGCCAGUGCAAUCGGCAGUCGAGCUUCGACCCGUACUCAACGGUGAAGAUUACGUUCACACAAGUCGGACACGGAUUCACACCGACCAUAGAACUUGAUAGUCCCCGUGAUGAGAGUGCCAAAGAGCUGCAUAACGAGGAGCACGAGAGCAGAUCACAGCCGGUAGCCAAGUGCCCGGUUUACUCCACUGUCUCAAAACCCUGCAGUACUAGACAAGCGAGCAAAGCCGUCCCCUGUGAAGCUGAUGAGGCGCACGACGACAGCACCGGAGAGGAAAGUGGCGAACAUCCACCGAUUCCACCACGCAGGCAUCCACUGGCAUGCACACCGACCAGUGAUCCGGAGGAGAGCAGCACGGAAACGGACGUACCCGAGGUACCACAGAGGCUCAGCAGUCAGCGCUGCCAGAGCCUGGCAUCGCUCGGCGUCUGCACGGCACGCUUGCCUCCCGUCGUACCGCAGAGGACUGCCAGCAAGGCAACAGGUCUCCCGGCGCUUCCGCUGGCUCACAGGAAGUCAAACUCAUCGGCCGCAGAAGCGACGUGCAACAGAAAUAUUUCUGCCACGUCUACCAGAAAUCAGUGUUUCACCGCCAACAAACCUGUCCCAUCUCCAAGACCCGUCGCACUAGUAAAGCCAACCGCACACGGAAUCAUCGUGAACAAAAGCAUUCCGCAGCCAUACUCGGUAGUCAUACUGAACUGCGAGAAGAAGAGAGCUGCAAGCCCGGAUGACGACGGUCGGGAGAGGCUGGCGAGCGACCUUGGCGAGUUGGACGAAGCAGCCGGCAGCGCCAGGCAGCACAAACUGCUGGAGGACCAGCUAGUGUCCUUCUCUCUUUCUCCAAGCACACCACGGCAGUACGCGUCCAUAUCACGCGUGGAAACACACCGCGAGGAAGAUGAACAAGAAUCAACUAAAGCCUCCAGCAGCCAAAAACCCCAGACCACAACUCCAACAAAGCCAAUGAUAAGGAGCCGCAAGACGCAACUGACGACCGUGACACAGCGUGCGGUUCGCAGGGAAGCCUCACAAGAGGAGUACAUAUCAAUGAAUAGUCUGAACUCCCUGCCAGCAAACAACUAUGAGCAGCAGACCAGCAAUGACGACUUGUACACUCCGGUCACAGCCAGCUGCCCACCAUCGCCGUACCUCUGCAUGAAGCCAACGUUCGUGCGACAACGGCACCUGCCGCGCUCCUACUCGUCCGAGCAGGACCUGUUCGUCUUCGACAACGACAGUCUGCUGUGCAUGCCGGCACGGCACGGUUCGCAGGACAGCAUGCUCGGCGAGAGCCUCGAAGGCGACUGGUCGUCGGCGUCGAACACGCUCGAGCGCAUGUGCCCCGUGAGCCGCAACCGCAGCUGCUCCGUCAAGUCGCUACCCGUGUCCGGCAGCGGUACGCUAUCGGAACGCAUGCUCUCCGUGAGCGUUAGCAUCGACGCCAGCGCACACGGCAGCAGCGGCGAGGGAACGCCGCCGAGAAAGUCCGUCAUACUGAGACGCUGCACGCCCGUGCAGCUGAAGCGCGAUCAGCGAGCCGCCGUGUCAACCGCUGGGAGGCCGCUGCGUCGUGUGCUGGGCCAGGAGUCGCUGCUCGCCUCCAGCAUCCCGGUGGGUGACAGGGACAAGUCAACCAAGCUCUGAGCAUCUUCAGGACAAUAAUUUGAACUAUUCACCUCUCCCCACUGUGCCCACUGUACACGCAUACUCCACAUUUCCAAGUUUUCUUUAUGACAAUGCUGCAGAAAUACCUAACUAUUCAGAGGUCCAUACCGAGCUGGUAUCGACAACUAUCACCGAAAGUUGUCGGGUUGAUGAAACACAAACUCGCCAGCCUUCACAAUCAAUCACACCUUUUCUGGACAUCUGAGAUCCUUUCUUUCAGUAUUGUACCAGAAUAUUAUUAUAUACUUCUCCAGUGCGCAACAAAUGCUGCCUCUUGAUUGAACAUCUUGUAUGUGACGUAGAAUAUUAAUAUUCUUUGAGACAACUGCUUGAAUAUAACGUAUACUUAUACUAA